AUGGUGGAGAGAGCUGAUGAUGGUAAUGACUUGGACAAUUUGAUCGAAAACUAUAACAGUGACGACGAUGACAACGCGAUAUCGCUAGAGAAGCUCAAGAAUGAAACGCUAGGGUUGGGGACAGUGAGAGACGAAGACGAGUCAAGACCCGUGUCGCGGCACGAGCCGGCGGCGACCACGGUGCCGCCGCAGGCGCCGUUCCAGCUUUCUGCGACCCCGGGACACCUUGAACAUAGAUACAUGUGCUGGAACGACAUCGGCAUGGUCCGAUGCCACACGCAGGAGAACGGCGAGUCGACCAUUGACGUAGAGUUCCACGACACCAACCUCCACCACGGGAUCAAUCUCAACAACUACCUGAAUCACACCAUGGCCAGCCUGUCUGCGAGCGUGCUGGUGUUGGCCUGUGAAACGUCUAGCAAACUAGUAUGCAUAUCGCUGGUCGGCAGCAGCAAGGAGUGGAGCGUUUCCAUGCCCGAUACCGAGGAGAUCCUGUGCGUCACGGCGGGCAGCGACGUCGUCGCGUGUGCGACUAACGCGAGGUUGCUGCGGCUGUUCACGCCAAUGGGCACGCAGAGACAGGUCUGAUGAUGCUUCGACUUCAAGGGUAAAAACGAAUAAAACCACAGAUUGUAUACGAGGAACACCGCCAAAAUAUGGCUACAGCAACAUAGAAAUGACUCCACGAAAAAAAAAACUUGUAAAAAAGUUGCAGCGAACACAGUGUUUGUUAUCAUCACUCUCAAAAACAUCCGUCGAUUUGGACAAAUUAGAUUCCGAUUUUCUGAAAAAUGUUGUAUCAGACUCUCUGAAAAAUCAAGCCCGGAAACCUAGAGGCAAGCGAUGGAAUUUAAUUAACAAAAUUUCUGCUGUACUUUCAUAAAGUAUCUUCUGUAAUGCUAGAUCCAAAACAAAAACAUAAAAUGAAAGUGAAAUAUGCCGCUCAAACUCUAAGUAAUACUUUCGCAGCUAUUCUAAAGAUGAUUGCAGAAAAAUAUGAAGACACAGAGUACGGAAAAGAAGUGGCACAAACAUCCGAGGUAGUACGGGACCUUAAUAAUUUAUUUGAUUCUACUAAUGGCCCAUCAAACCCAAAAGAUGUAAUAAAGGGACGAAGACAAAAUGUGUCUCGUAAAACCAAUCACAUAGAAAUCUGGAAUAGUUUUUUGAAAAAGCUGAAGUCAAUGGAGUUCAUGAAAUCAGAUAGCAGGUUAAGAUUAAAAAGAGUCAGAUGCGUGGAAGGUUAUAUUGUAACCAUAAAUUCGCUUAAAGAUAUCUGGUGUUAUUGUAAGGAUCAAGGAUUUAACUAUUUGAAUUUACGCUCACUGAAUCAAGACGCUCUUGAAAACCUAUUCGGACUUAUACGACAGAAUAGCCCUACAAAUCGAAAUCCUACCUGCACACAUUUUGUAAGUGCAUUGAAAUCAAUUCAUAUUUCUGGAAUGAAUGCACCACAUAACCGAGGAUCUAAUUGCGAAGAAGAUUUGAACAAGUUAUUGCUUGUCAAUCCAUUAUGCCAACAUGAUGUUGAUGGUGAUGAGAAACUCACAUCAAUGACUACCAAUGAAGAAGAAGAAUAUCCUGUUUUAAUGAUACCUGAAAAUGAAUUAGAGGAGCAAAUUGAAACAGAUUUAACAGACAUAGAAAAUCAACCUAUUGUAUAUUUAAGCGGUUACAUAGCUUAUAGACUGUUGAAGAACGUAAGCUGUCAAAUGUGUUCUAAUUUGCUGAAACUGGAAGAUGUUACAGAUCACCCAAUGUAUAAAUUUAUAAGCUUGCGGGAGUGGUGGCAAGAAAAGAAAUCAUUAACGUACCCAUCUAUCCAGCUGUGUCGUACAAUUGAGGAAGCGAAAAACUAUUUUGAAAAAAAUAGUCAUUUAUUAUAUGAAGAAAAUGUCGGGCAAAUGUUUUGCACACUCUUUGCGGCAAACAUUAACAUAACCUGGUGGACAUGUAAGGAACAUGAGGAUUUCAUGAAAAAACAAUUAUUUUGGCUUGUGACCAAAAUCUUAAUUAGAAGACAGUGCCAAAUAUUAAAUUCGGAUAUUAUUAAAACAGAAGAAAUUUCUGCGAACGCUGCAAAGAUAGCUCAACUAAGAAGCGCUGCAAAAUAAUAUAUGUAAUAACGAGUAUGCAAUAUCAAUUCCACGCGGACGAAGUCGCGGGCAACACCGCGACUUCGUCCGCGUGGAAUCUUAUCUUCAACAUUUUACAUCUUUAGUACCUAUAAUUUUCAUAUCCAAGCAAUGUUGACAUUUUUUAGCAAGUUGUAUGAAGUUUUAAGUCAAGUGGAUUUUGAUGUUGGUUGCUGAAAUUACUUUUCUUGUAUUCUCAUAAUAGGUACCUAUGCCCUUAUACAAAGAUUCAAGUUCCGCAUUCCGCACUCACUAAAUAUCUGAUCUCCAUACAAACUUUCAACCCCUUUUUCACCACCUUAGGGGAUGAAUUUUCAUAAAUGCUGAAAUGAGUUUUCUUGUAUUUUAAUUUAAAACGAUUUUACAAAGUUUCAAGUUCCUUGCUUAAAAUAAAAUUUGCACCCGCAGACAAACUUCCAUCCCCUUUUUAACCUCCUUAGGGGUUGAAAUUCCAAAAACGUUGCAAUCACUUUUUUUUGCAAUCGGCUAUUAUGCCUUUCUAAGAAGUUUCAAAACCAUUUGUAAUGGAUUCAAACUUUCAACCCCUUUUUAACCCUGUUAGGGGAUGAAUUUUACAAAACGCUGAAAUUACUUUUCCUGUCUUCUAAUAAUAUCCCUAAAUACAAAGAUUCAAGUCCAACACUCGAAAAAAUGUUUGAUAUCCAUACAAACUUUCAACCCCUUUUUCAUCACUUUAGAGGUUGAAUUUUCAAAAACGCUGAAAUUAGUUUUCUUGUAUUUAAAUAAUAUAUCUUUUAACGAAGUUUCAAAUUCGUAGCUCAAAAGAAAACUUUAACCCCAUACAAAUUUUACGUUCAUAACAUAAGCGUAUUGUAAUAAUAAACUAUCUGUAUCAUAUCUUUAAUAUGUUAAAUAAAAUUAUUUUUAUA